CAGAACUGAAUAAAAUAAAGCCCAAUCUCAUUUAUUCACUACCCGGAGUACCAUUUGACUGACUCUACUCGGACUCACAUUCCCCUUUUUUUUUUUUUUUACAGUCGUUGCCUGCCAUACCAAUAGCAUCCCCUCAUUUCCUUGCCAUUUCCUCUCUCUCUCUCUCUCUGAAGCACAUUCACGAACACACAACACAGGACAACGCCAUUACUAAUACUAAAUAAACAUCAAGCUCUCUCUCUCUCUCUCUCUCUCGUAUCGCUCCCAUCAGAUCUCUUCCAUCUUUCUUUUAGAAACCCAAAACAGGGGGACAACAACAACCCUUCCAAGUAACCAGAAGAUUCCCCAUUCCCCAAAAAUAAGUAGAGUAGAAGAGAGGAACAAAGCGAACCUUUCUCCCAUUUCUCUGAAAGAAUCCUUCUAUGAACAAAUUCAAGAAGGAGAAGAAGAAGAAGAAUAAGCAAGGAGAAGAGCGGAGGGAAGAGAGAAAAACCCUAUCGCUGGCCAUAACUGCCUAACAUUUCAUUUUUCAUUUUGAGAAAAGAAAUAGAAGAAGGGUAGGGUUACACGCACCUGCGGUCUUUGCUCGGUCAAUGUCGCAGCUGAAACCGAUCUCUCAUCUGGACAACAUUCCGUCGACACCAGGGAAAUUCAAGAUGGACAAAUCGCCUUACAUUCAUAGACUCCGUUGGCAUUCUUCCCUCGCCAAGCUCACCUUCUGGUCAUUUCUCUUCCUCGGUCUCAUCCUUCUCUUCUUUUUCCGCUCUCCUCCCCCUUCUUCACCCUCCGAUUCUUCUCGCCGAUCUCUUAGUAACUCCAACUGGGGCGGCCCCGCUUGGGAGAAGCGCGUCAGAUCCUCUGCCCGUGUCCGCGCGCGAAAUGGUCUCUCUGUACUCGUCACCGGCGCCGCUGGUUUUGUUGGUACUCAUGUAUCUGCCGCAUUGAAGCGACGAGGCGAUGGUGUCCUUGGCGUUGACAAUUUUAACGACUACUACGACCCCUCGCUCAAGCGAGCCCGCCAGGCCCUCCUUGAGCGCACCGGCGUCUUCGUUGUCGAGGGCGACAUCAAUGACUCGGCUCUUCUUCGGAAACUAUUCGAUGUUGUUGCGUUCACUCACGUCAUGCAUCUCGCUGCUCAGGCGGGCGUACGAUAUGCCAUGCAGAACCCUGGCUCUUAUGUUCACAGCAACAUUGCCGGACUUGUAAAUGUCCUCGAGGUCUGCAAAUCGGCUAAUCCACAGCCUGCAGUCGUCUGGGCGUCUUCCAGUUCUGUCUACGGCCUUAAUUCCAAAGUACCCUUCUCGGAAGAAGACCGAACUGACCAGCCUGCCAGCCUUUAUGCCGCCACCAAGAAGGCUGGUGAAGAGAUCGCCCAUACCUACAAUCACAUAUAUGGACUUUCCAUUACUGGGCUGCGUUUUUUCACAGUCUAUGGCCCUUGGGGUCGACCUGAUAUGGCGUAUUUCUUCUUUACCAGAGAUAUACUCAAGGGAAAGCAAAUUCAGAUCUUCGAGGCCCCAAAUCAUGGUACGGUUGCGAGAGAUUUUACUUAUAUUGAUGACAUUGUAAAAGGAUGUUUAGCAGCACUGGAUACUGCAGAAAAGAGCACGGGCCGUGGGGGAAAGAAGAAGGGGCCUGCACAGUUACGGGUAUUCAAUCUAGGGAACACAUCGCCGGUGCCCGUCACCGAGCUUGUGAGCAUUUUAGAGAGGUUGUUGAAGGUAAAGGCCAAUCGAUUGAUGUUGAAGAUGCCAAGGAAUGGAGAUGUGCAAUUUACCCACGCCAAUAUAAGCUUGGCCCAGAGAGAGCUUGGAUACAAGCCCACGACAGAUCUGCAGACAGGGUUGAAGAAGUUUGUCAGGUGGUACCUCAGUUAUUAUUCAAGUUCUGGGAAGAAGAGCGCCAGCUGAUUCCUCUUCAUCACUGCACGGUAGAAUCGUUUGAAUUCUUCUUGAUUUUGAUUCUUACGAUUUUUUCCCCUCUCAUUCUUCGCCCAUUUCUCUCUUUCUCAUAUAUCUUAAGAUUGCCAUAUAAGGAGGAAACCCAUGUCCUUCAAUAGAGAGAGGUUUUCGCGGUAAUGAUGGGAACUGUUUGCAGGGAAUUCCUGAUCUGUAUCAAAAGAAAACCGGAAGCAUCUCAUUUUUUUCGCAUAUUGCUUCUUAUGUUUCUUUCUCCUCUUUUCUAGGAUUGUUGCUAUUCGUAGCUUUGGCAUUGUACAAUCCAGCACUAAAAGAUUCUGGGCAUAUGCUGAUAGAUGGACUACGUUUAUCAUCUAGUCGUUGAUUUCAAUAAAACAGCAUUCGCUACUUCUGUUCUCAA